AUGCUGUGUAAGAGAACACCAUCAACUUCAAAGAGCACCCUACACAAAUAUUUUGAUAUCAAUUUAUUGCUUUACGCAUCUUUCACUACUUCGGUUCUUAGUUCUUCACCAUUGCUUUCGUUUCACAUUUACCAUCCUCUAUUUCUUUUCGCUUUGCACAUUUUUUCUCCCUUACUUUAUUCACGCAGCUGCAUUCGAUCACAUAUUCCCCUCCGCGGACAUGAGGACUUCACUAAUAUUUCCCUUGUGCUUUGUCGUUCAUGUGAUUCCAUUGCCAAUUUCCAUUUUAUUCCAAAUGUCUUUUCUUUUCUCGGUAUGUUCUCUCCUUACUUCAGAGGGGUUGUGAGUCUAAGUUUAAUGGGAACGAGGAGAUUCCCUAGUUUCGGAUUGCACAUAGGGAAUAAAGUGACGCACUGUUACAAGUGA